CUCGGUGAUCCGUGUGUAACCCACACCGUCCUGGAUCAGCCCUGGAGGAGCACGAAAUGUUCCAACACUGAGUGUACCGGUGGACAAUUGAUGGGUGAUGGAAAUCUUGAAAUGGGAUGGUACAGAUUUAACAGUUCCGGAGGAUGGAAGAUUCCUGAGUCGGUCAUUCCACAUUCUCGCUGCUCCGGGGAGCACUCAGGCUGGUUAAACGGUCCCCAUCCCAACGUGGGAGCGGGGGAGGUGACCAGGACCGUCUGCUUCACCGGGCCUCAAUACACCUGUUACUGGAGACGGGAGAUCAAGGUGAAAAACUGCUCCGGUUACUUUGUGUAUUGGCUGUGGAACGCACCCUCAAGCAAUGCUGUGUACUGUACAGAACCUAUGUCAGACACAAGUCGGGAACGCCAGGGAUUGGUAACUGGAGAGCCUGGUCCAGGGUUGACCACCAGCCCAGCAGGGUCUGUGAGCUCAGGUACAGAUUCCCAGUCAGACACAACUUGGGAAGCCCAGGAAACAAUGACAGGAGAGCCUGGUCUGGGUUUGACCACCAGCCCAGCAGGAUCUCUGAGCUCAGACUUGGAGGCUUCCACACUGGAACAGUCUACAGGAUUGUCUACUGGAGAGCACACCCAGGAACUGUCCUCUGUCCCAGCGGGAGACACAUCCUCAGACCUGGAGGUUUCCACAAUGGAUCAGCCCGAUGGAUCAUCCACAGGACAACCCACCCCAUCACCAUCCUCUGUCUCAGUGGGAGAGACAUCCUCAGACCUGGAGGUUUCCACAAUGGAUCAGCCAGAUGAAUCAUCUACAGGACAACCCACCCCAUCACCGUCCUCUGUCUCAAUGGGAGAGACAUCCUCAGUCACAGACUCCACACUCGGUGAUCCGUGUGUAACCCACACCGUCCUGGAUCAGUCCUGGAGGAGCACAAAUUGUUACCACACUGAGUGUACCGGUGGACAAUGGAUGAGUGAUGGAAAUCUUGAAGUGAGAUGGUACAGAUUUAACAGUUCUGGAGGAUGGAAGAUUCCCGAGACGGUCGUUCCACAGGGUCGCUGUUCCGGGGAGACCCCAGGCUGGUUAAAUGGUUCCCAUCCCAACGUGGGAGAGGGGGAGGUGACCAGGACCGUCUGCUUCACUGUGGGUGAAGACACCUGUUACCAGAGCCUGGAGAUCAAGGUGAAAAACUGCUCCGGUUACUUUGUGUAUUGGCUGAAGCCGACACCCCGGCAACAUGCUGUGUACUGUACAGAUUCCCUGCUGGACACAACUUGGGAACCCCAGGGAUCAACAACAGGAGAGCCUGCUUUGGGUUUGACCACCACCGCUGCAGGGUCUGUGAGCUCAGACCUGGAGGUUUCCACAAUGGAUCAGCCCGAUGGAUCAUCUACAGGACAACCCACUCCAUCACCAUCCUCUGUGUCAGCAGGAGAGACGUCCUCAGAUCCCCAGUCAGACACAUCUCAGGAACCCCAGGGAUCUGUGACUGGAGGACCUGGUCCGGGUUUGUCCACCACCCCAGCAGGGUCUGCAAGCUCAGAUCCUGGGACUUCCACAAGAAAACAGUCUGAAGGGUCAUCCACUGGAGAUUUUUCCCAGGAAACACUUUCUGUCCCAGCUGGAGACACAUCCUCAGGUAGUUCCACAGGGAAACAGACCAAUGGAUCAGUGUCUGGAGAACACACCCAGAAAUCAUCCUCUGUCCCAGCAGGAGACACAAGCCCAGGUCCUGGGUCUUCCACAGGGAAACAGUCUGAGGGGUCAUCCACUGGAGAUUUUUCCCAGGAAACUUCUUCAGUCCCAGCUCGAGAUACAGCCUCAGGAGAACGCAUGUGGAUUAAAGUGCAGCUGACAUCGAGUGGAGUCAUGAGUGAGGAUGAAGUGUGGGAAGCCACUCGACAAAAGAUCUGGGAGCUGUUCGGUGAUCCGAAUCUUCAGAUCAAGCUUGUACGGUUCAGGGCAAAGCCUUCAGAGGAGUGAGGGAGCAACCCGUCAACGAGUGAAGGAGUCUGCAGUUCCAUCUCCCUGACACUUUAUACCCUCUCCCUUACUCCAGCCUGCUUUAGACAAGUAUACAGCCCACAGAAGGUUAAUCCCAGGAGAGCCCUGAGAUGUUGCUGGACUCUGCUGAUUCCCCAGUGUGCCGCAGCCUACGAGCUUUUAGUUGGUCAGACUGUGAAGUACAAUCCCAUUGAGUAGUGACGCCAGAAGCCUGGAACUGAGAGUGAGCAGACAGACCCGGCCUGUUUCAGGAGGAGCAGAUCUCCCGAAUGAUGAGAUUAAUCACAGAACAUCCUGGGUAUGGUCCCUGUAAACACCGACACCCCUCACUACAGGACUGGAUCAGUGUGAGACACAAAUCUGGGUUUACAAUAAAAUGGGAAAAUUAGCUUAUGCUGGGCUUCAUUGCAUUAAUAUAUCAUCAAUAAUUUGCUCUUAACUGAUUGAACUGAAAUUAUGUGUGAAAUAAUGAAUAGCUUUUUGAUCAAAACACAGGACUGUGAAGGCCUCAGGUCUGUGGAUGUAGUGAGGAAGGUCCCUGAUCUCCAGAGGUACUGAGGAAAGUCUCCUGUCCACCUUUGCACAGACAUCUGUGUACACUCACAGACCACAGAGCAAUCCUGCACAUACCCACCAGUCAGCAUAACACCCCGACACAUCUCUGUCUGACACAGUCCCGAUCUCCAUCUCGCACUGACACACUCUUUCUCCAUCUCUCACUCUGACACAUCUCAUUCUCCAUCCCUCUAUCUGACACACUGUCAUUCUCCAUCUCUCCCUCAGACGCACUCUCAUUGACCAUCUGUUUCUCUUUUUCUCUGAUACACGCUCAUUCUCCAUCUCUUACAUCGAGCAUGUAAAGUCGAUCUCUAACCACAGAUUCCCACAAACGGAGAGAUGGAGAUUGGGACAGGGUCUCGGAGAACAGAGUGCAGAGGUGGUAUGAUGGGUUAGAUGGGAACGGGAGCCUAGUCUGUAAGGGUUUGAAGGCCUGAAUACCAAGGGAUCUUUGAAAUUCCUGAAUAUUAUUUCGUAAUAAGCUGAUGAUUUGCAUUGCUAUUGCUUGUAGUGCGUGCUCAAUAAACAUGGA